CGGGGCUGAAGUUUUUGUUCUCCGAGACCUUAACAAACUUGAAGUUAGAAGUGUCAGAGCUCAGUCCAUCUUCGCGACAAGACCUUCCCACCCUCCCAGCAAGUGCCCGCUGGCCAGUGAAUUUCCGUUUCCUUUCCUUCAUCUCCUUCUUCUCUUCUUUUUCUCUCUUGUAUUCUAUUAUAAUAUCUCUCAAUCCUCCUUCAAAAUGUCCAUUUGGGAUUCGCUCAGUGGUCGCAAACAGGACAAGGGUCCCGGCGCCUUCGACCCUACGACUGCGCAAGAUGCUACCUCCUUCCUCUCCGAAGUCGCCAUUCCCGAUCCUACCCAGCUUCAUCCCCUCGCUGGCCUGAAUCAAGAUACCCUCGACUACAUUUCCCUCGAAGAUUCCGCCCUAGACCAGCUCCCCGGUGACCGGUCGGUGCUGCCCUCGCGCGGAUGGUCGGACGAUCUGUGUUACGGAACUGGAACCACCUAUCUUGCCGGGUUGACUAUUGGAGGUGCGUGGGGUCUGGCUGAGGGCCUUAGGAAGACGCCGGUAACGGCACCCCCGAAGAUCCGCCUUAACGGUGUCCUGAACUCGAUCACGAGAAGAGGUCCUUUCCUCGGUAACUCCGCAGGUGUGGUGGCUAUGGUAUACAAUGGACUCAACUCGGGUCUCGGAUACGCGCGUGGCAAGCACGACGCGGCCAACAGCAUUGUCGCUGGAGCUUUGAGUGGAAUGGUGUUCAAGAGUACCCGGGGACUGAAGCCCAUGCUGAUCUCCGGCGGCAUUGUGGCGGGUGUCGCAGGAUCUUGGGCCGUGGCAAGGAAGACAUUCCUGUAAAUGCCCGGCCAGUCUAGUCCGUUGUAUUUUAGCACUCGAACCGAACCGACGGCCUUCAACCGAUGUUGCGUUCGAGAUCCCAUAUGAUGUGUAUGGCUUGUUUCACCAAAGCGGGAGAGGUUGAUUUGUUGCUUCAAUUUCGAUAUGUCCACGUUGUAUUAGAACGGUUGUUUUUUUAUUUCUCCUUCUGUCUUACAGAUCUCUUCCCUCUGGCGCACAAAGCAUCUUUCUCGCAUUAUCCAUGGUUUGGACCGGCAUGGAAAUGGAUUUCUGUUAACUUUCUGUACAUAUAACGGUCUCCUGGGUUUGUGGUUCUUGCGGGCGAAACUGUUGCAGGUUUCAUUUCGUCAUAUCAAGCAACCUUAAUGUUAGUUCACAAUGAAAUGAACUGGACUAAUAG